UGCGAGCCCGCCUCCCUCCGCGCCCGGAGCCUCCCGGCUGGCAGGCAGCUCGUGGCGGCGGAGGAAGCAGUUUUUUUUAAAAUGAAGAAGUUUAAUUUCCGAAAAGUUUUGGACGGCUUCACUGCCUCCUCCCCUGGCAGUGGGAGCAGCGGCAGCAGUAACAGUGGCGGUGGGGCCGGCAGCGGCGCCCCGCACUCGGGAGGGCCCGCGGGGCUUCUCCGAGAAGAGAUUCAGGAGUCCCUGACCUCGGAGUAUUUCCAGAUUUGCAAGACAGUUCGGCAUGGUUUUCCUUAUCAGCCCACAGCAUUAGCUUUUGAUCCAGUUCAGAAAAUCUUGGCUAUUGGGACGAGAACAGGUGCUAUACGAAUACUUGGGAGACCUGGUGUUGAUUGUUAUUGCCAACAUGAAAGUGGUGCAGCUGUCCUGCAGCUCCAAUUCUUGAUCAAUGAGGGUGCUUUGGUCAGUGCAGGUUCAGAUGAUACACUUCAUUUGUGGAACCUUAGACAAAAAAGACCAGCUAUUCUUCAUUCCCUUAAAUUUAAUCGAGAACGAAUUACUUACUGUCAUCUACCUUUCCAGAGUAAAUGGCUCUAUGUUGGAACAGAAAGAGGAAAUACACAUAUUGUAAAUAUUGAAUCUUUCAUUCUUUCUGGAUAUGUCAUCAUGUGGAACAAGGCAAUUGAACUAUCCACAAAGACUCAUCCAGGUCCAGUUGUACAUUUAAGUGAUAGCCCAAGAGAUGAAGGGAAACUGCUAAUAGGUUAUGAAAACGGUACUGUGGUAUUCUGGGACUUGAAAUCUAAAAGAGCAGAACUGAGACUUUAUUAUGAUGAGAGUCAAAGAGAAGGAAGAAAAUCUGAAUCUUGUAAACCAAUACUUAAAGUAGAAUACAAGACCUCUAGAAACAGCGAACCAUUUAUAAUAUUUUCUGGUGGACUGUCUUAUGACAAAGCUUGCAGAAGACCGAGUUUAACCAUCAUGCAUGGAAAAGCAAUUACAGUACUUGAAAUGGAUCAUCCUAUUGUUGAAUUUCUAACUUUAUGUGAAACACCCUAUCCAAAUGAAUUUCAAGAACCCUAUGCAGUCGUAGUACUUCUGGAGAAAGAUCUCAUUGUAGUUGAUCUGACACAAAGCAACUUUCCAAUCUUUGAAAAUCCGUAUCCCAUGGACAUACACGAAUCACCAGUUACGUGCACAGCGUACUUUGCUGAUUGCCCACCAGAUUUGAUACUAGUACUCUACGCUAUAGGAGUCAAGCAUAAAAAACAAGGAUACAGUAAUAAGGAGUGGCCAAUCACUGGAGGAGCUUGGAACCUUGGGACACAGACAUAUCCAGAAAUUAUUAUUACUGGUCAUGCAGAUGGAUCAAUAAAAUUUUGGGAUGCUUCUGCAAUAACUCUACAGAUGCUGUACAAGCUAAAAACUUCAAAAGUGUUUGAAAAACAGAAAAUAGGAGAUGGAAAACAAACAUGUGAAAUUGUAGAAGAAGAUCCAUAUGCCAUUCAGAUGAUUUACUGGUGUCCAGAGAGCAGAAUAUUCUGUGUUUCAGGAGUCUCUGCAUAUGUAAUAAUUUAUAAAUUCAGCAGACAUGAAAUUACAACAGAAAUAGUGUCAUUAGAGGUACGACUUCAGUAUGAUGUUGAAGAUAUUAUUACCCCGGAACCAGAAACAAGUCCUCCAUUUCCAGAUCUUUCAUCUCAGCUUCCUUCUUCAAGGAGUCUUUCCGGGAGCACUAACACUGUGGCUAGUGAAGGAGUAACAAAGGACAGUAUCCCAUGUCUCAAUGUUAAGACACGGCCAGUGCGGAUGCCACCAGGUUAUCAAGCAGAACUUGUUAUUCAGUUGGUGUGGGUGGAUGGUGAACCCCCCCAACAGAUUACUAGUCUUGCUGUAUGCUCAGCAUAUGGAAUAGUUGCAUUUGGGAACUGCAAUGGGUUGGCUGUGGUGGAUUUUAUACAGAAGACAGUACUGUUAAGCAUGGGGACCAUUGACCUAUAUAGAUCAAGUGACUUAUACCAACGACAACCACGGUCUCCUCGAAAAAACAAGCAGUUCAUUGCAGACAACUUUUGCAUGCGUGGCCUGUCUAACUUUUAUCCUGAUUUAACGAAACGGAUCCGUACUUCCUAUCGGAGUUUAACUGAGCUGAAUGACAGUCCAGUACCCCUGGAACUUGAGCGCUGCAAGUCUCCCACUUCAGAUAAUGUAAAUGGACACUGCACAAGCCCAACUUCUCAGAGUUGCGGUUCUGGAAAACGCCUUUCCAGCGCUGAUGUUUCCAAAGUAAACCGCUGGGGUCCUGGAAAACCACCUUUUCGAAAAGCACAGUCAGCUGCCUGCAUGGAGAUUUCUUUACCAGUUACAACAGAAGAGAGCCGAGAAAAUUCCUAUAGUCGUUCUAGAAGCUCUAGCAUUUCCAGUAUUGACAAAGACUCCAAAGAAGCAAUUACAGCACUGUACUUCAUGGAGUCCUUUGCUCGGAAAAAUGACUCCACCAUCUCCCCUUGUUUGUUUGUUGGAACUAGUCUGGGGAUGGUGUUAAUCAUGUCCCUGAGCCUCCCUUCAGCAGAGGAACAAAGACUCACAGAGCCAGUCAUGGUAUUGCCAACCGGUACAUUCCUCUCAUUGAAAGGAGCUGUGCUAACAUUCUCCUGUAUGGAUCGAACUGGUGGAUUAAUGCAACCACCAUAUGAAGUUUGGAGGGACCCAAACAACGUAGAUGAAAAUGAAAAAUCUUGGAGAAGGAAACUGGUCGUGAACUGCCCCUCUCUGUCACAAGAAACAGGAGAUCAUCAGUAUACAAUAAUCUGUUCAGAAAAACAAGCCAAAGUUUUCUCACUGCCUUCUCAGACUUGCCUUUAUGUUCAUAACAUCACCGAGACAUCUUUUAUACUGCAAGCAGAUGUGGUGGUCAUAUGUAACAGUGCCUGCUUGGCAUGCUUUUGUGCCAAUGGGCAUAUCAUGAUAAUGAGCCUGCCUAGUCUUCGCCCAAUGUUGGAUGUUAAUUAUUUGCCACUGACAGACAUGAGGAUAGCACGGACAUUUUGUUUCACUAAUGAAGGACAGGCAUUAUACCUAGUCUCUCCUACUGAAAUUCAGCGGUUAACAUACAGCCAAGAAAUGUGUGAUAAUCUACAGGACAUGCUAGGAGAUUUGUUUACUCCCAUAGAGACACCAGAAGCUCAGAACAGAGGUUUCCUAAAGGGACUGUUUGGUGGAAGUGGACAAACCUUUGACAGAGAAGAGCUCUUUGGGGAAGCUGCAGCAGGAAAAGCAUCCCGCAGCCUUGCCCAGCACAUUCCUGGCCCGGGCAGCAUAGAAGGGAUGAAAGGCGCUGCAGGCGGGGUGAUGGGAGAGCUGACCAGAGCAAGGAUCGCACUGGACGAGAGGGGGCAGAGGCUAGGAGAGCUGGAGGAGAAAACUGCAGGCAUGAUGACCAGUGCGGAAGCAUUUUCCAAACACGCACAUGAGUUAAUGCUGAAAUAUAAGGAUAAGAAAUGGUACCAAUUCUAACUUCUAAAGAAGCUGUGACUGCUUUGAGAAACCAUUAUUCAGGGAAACAAAUUUAAUUCCCAGCAUCACUAUUCAACUGCUAGAAGCCAGUUUCUUCUACAAAAUGUCCAUUACAGUCCAUCUGAAGUUGUCAUAAGAGAGACUUAUCAGAGACACUGUACAACCAAAAGGCUGGAACCCUGGCUAGAAUCCCAAGGUAUGGCUGCAUUUGCCUUUUCCCACGUGGAAUGGAGCUAUCGUCUUGGCAUGUCAUUUGCUAAGGAUUUACAUUUAGGAACUACGGGGAGUCCUCCUGAUUUGAAAAAAUCAUGUACAAACAAAAGCAUUAAUGCGCUUAAUGAAAAAAAUCUUUGCAUGAUAAAUUAACAUCUUAAGAGGAAAAGAAAAAAAGCAUGUUGUGACAGAAGA